GUGUCAUUUUUUUGUGUUGGUAGUCGCAUGUAAUGUGAGCGCGAAGUUGGAGGAAUAGUGGCACUCGUUUGAUGUGCUUACCUUAAGUGUCGCGUAUUAAUUGGCAAAAUGGACUACGCAAAUGGAGCCAUUGUCAGAAUCAAGUUGGAGAAUUUUAUGACAUACACUUAUGUGGAGGUUCUGCCAGGCCCCAACCUGAAUGUCAUAGUGGGCACCAAUGGUUCGGGCAAGUCGUCCCUUGUGUGUGCCAUCUGCCUCGGCCUAUGCGGCACACCCUACACUGUUGGACGAGCCUCCAAUGUCUCUGACUACAUCAGGCAUGGUGCUGAUGCUGCUGUCAUCGAGAUUGAGCUGUCUAACACAUCAGGCCGCAACAUUGUCAUUGAGAGAAGAAUCACUGGCAGCAAAAGCAUAUGGAAAGUGAAUGGUGUUGUGACGCCCCAGAAAUCUGUGGAGGCCAUAGUCGCAAAAAUGAACAUCCAAGUAAGCAACUUGUGCCAGUUUUUGCCCCAGGACCGGGUGGCGGACUUCGUGCGCAUGUCACGCCAAGAACUGCUUGAAGGCACCGAGCGUGCCAUUGGCAGCUCCAAUCUGUUCGAGUUGCAUCAGCGGCUCAAGGAGCUCCAGCAAAAGCGGAGCACUCUGGAGGCUGCGCUGCAGGGCCAGCAGACGCGACUGGAACAAGAACGUCAGAAGGUGUCACACCUGGACGCCGAAGUGAAGAAGUUCCAGGAGCACAAGGAAGUGCAGCAUCGCAUUGAGCGCAUGCGCCAGAAGUUGGCUUGGAUGGAAUACGAAAGUGCAAGGCACGUCUUUUUGGAGGAGAAGAAGCAGCUGCGAGAUGAAGAGGACAAGCUGAAGUUGAAGGAGAAGGAGCAGGCACCACUCCAGAGAAUGGUGGAUAAGUUGUCCAAGUGGCAGUCUGAUAUUGCUGCAACUGACAAGCGACUGAAAGGAGAGGUCGCUACUGCUACUAAAGGCUUGGAAGCUGCCCUGCAGAAUCUCACUGAACUUGCAGAGAAGUUCUUGUCAGUCAAGCAUGAGCUUAGGAGAAAGAUUCAAGAAGAAGAAGGGAGGAGUGAAAGGAUCAAGAAGUAUGUUGACGAAGUUGCUGGAAUUGAGCGAGAAGUUGCUGAAUCAUCAAGAGAAGAUGUAGAGGAAAAGAUUAAAGAACUGCAAGGGGAAAUACAGGCAUGCAACCAAGAGAUCAGCAGCGUCAGCAAUGAGAGGGCUACGGCAGAGAACUUUAUCAGGGACAAGCAGCGUGAAAGCAAUGCGGUUGUGCAGGAGAUAAAGCGCAUCAAGGACCUGUCGAACCAGAGGCUGGAGCUCCUAAGGCGACGAAGCCGAGACGCCUAUGAAGCGACUAUGUGGCUGCAGCAGAACGAGGGGCGUUUUAAAGGGAAAAUUUAUCCGCCUAUUAUGACUCAGAUUGACUUGCUGAACUCUGGUGAUGCCAAGUACGUUGAGGCACAGAUUCCAGCGAAAGACCUGCUGGCGUUCGUGGCAGAAUACCCAGAAGACCUCAACACAUUUCUGGGAGCCAUUAGAGAUACUCAGAAUCUCCGAAUCAAUGGAGUUGUUGUUCCAUUAGAGAGCUUGGAGUCCUUCAAGCCACGAAGGCCACUUUCCGAGAUCAGGCGGUAUGGCUUCCGGGCGUACAUCCAGUCUCUGUUCUCUGCCCCUGAUGGAGUGAUGCGCUACCUGUGCAAGCGAUACCGAGUGCAUGACAUCCCUGUCGGUGAUGCACACACUGAGGACUGCCUGGCUGAAGUGCGCCAACUGGGGAUCCGGCGGUUCUAUACCAAGGACAACCUGUACACCGUCAAAGUGUCGCAGUAUGAUCCCUCACGGACUGCGACUAUGUCCUCGGAGCUGUCUGCGCCCCGCUUGUUGACGAUGUCCGUGGAUGUCACCAACUUGAACAAGCUGGAAAAAGACAAGCAGGCUCUUGCCGAGGAGAUUGCUGCAAGAUCAGCUGAAGUGAAGAAACUGCAUGCAAACGAUAGGACUCUACAGCAACAACUUGAAGAGCUCAGAAUGGCAAAGAAGCGGCUUAUUGGCGAGCUGUCGCACAUUAAACAGCUCAGUGUUGUGCUUGAGCAGAAACGCAAUGCCCUCCAGCGACUCCAAAGUGAAGCCAUCGACCUGGACACGGAGCGUCAAAAGGCUGCCAGUGAGCAGCGAAAAAUAUGUGCCUGCAGAGUUGAAGAAGUGAAGAACUACAUAAAAAAACUAGAGGCCUGCUACAAGAAGCACCGUCUGUUUGCUGAGCAUCGCCUGGACAUGGUGAAGGCUGUGACUGACAAGAAGGAUGCUGAGGAAAAGCUCAGGGCGGCCCAGAAUGAGUACCACUCCGUGGAGAAUGUGGUGAAGAGCAUGCGGGAGAAGCUGCUGCAGCUAAAGCGGGAGGCCCAGAAGAAGCUGCACGAAGCCCAGGAAGCCACCAAGUGCCCAUCCAGCACGUUCACCAUCCCACCAGACGUGGCCAAGGAAUUCCAAACACUUCCAUCCACAGCCGAGGAGAUCGCCAAGAAGUUGCACGCAGAAGAAGUGAAGCUGAGCUGCAUGCUUCCUGUGGAUGUCUCAGUUGAGCGAGAGUACCACCAGCGGAAGCGAGACAUCAGCCAACUGGAGACAGACGUUGGCGAAAACGAGACUCAGCUGUCGCAACUGGAGGCGGAGAUGGAGGACACUCGGGGUCGCUGGCUGCCAAAUAUUGAGCAACUGCUGCAGAGGAUAAACGUCGGCUUUGGCCGUUUCUUCCGUGCCCUGGGAUGUGCAGGAGAUGUGUCCCUCUACCAGGGUGAGCAGGCACACCAGUAUGAUCAGUUUGGCGUCAACAUCCGGGUGAAGUUCAGAGACCAGGAGGCCUUGGCGGAGCUGUCUGCAGCGCACCAGAGCGGUGGAGAGCGGUCGGUGGCCACAGUGCUCUACAUGAUGGCUCUCCAGGAGCUGACGAGCGUGCCCUUCCGCUGCGUUGAUGAGAUCAAUCAGGGAAUGGAUUCGGAAAACGAGCGCAGAGUCUUUGAAAUGAUAAUGAACACUGCACGACAGAACUCUGCCCAGUACUUCUUGCUCACUCCUAAGCUGCUUCCAGACCUUCCCUAUGCUGAGAACGUGACCAUGAUAUUCAUCAGCAAGUGCACCAUCCAUAUGCCUGACUGGGAUCCCGACUCACUUGUUGGUCGUGGCACCGGCUUCGCUGCCCGUGUCCGACACAGUGCAUAACAUGUCAGGUCUUCGUGCUGUGUAGCUGUACAGUCAAACUGUCAACAUGCAGCUUCUGUAUGUUGCAUAAGGUAUUCUGCCUUAUUAAAGAUGUAGUAUUUUAAGACACCUGAAGCAAUGUGAACAAAUCCCUGCUAAAAAAAAGUAUUGUUAUAAUGGUGCUGCUGUGAGAUUUAAAUGUAAAUUUUUUUAGUGCCAGGACUUGUGCUGGGUACGCGCAGCUUUCAACUUGUUCUAUGCGUUUUCACAACGAAGUUGUGUACUGAUAUUGUUGUAAAGGACCAGACCUAAAAUUUGCACGAAGCUGUUUUUGAUGUUGUAGAUAAAGUCCUGCGCAAUUUUAAUUUCGGUUCAGAAGAACACUGCUAAAGUUUUAACAGUAGUUACUGCCUUAUUUAUGAAGGUGCCUUGAACGCAUUUUAGCUCUUUCUGCAUAAGUUGCGAGUGCACAGAAGAGCAGAAACUAUGUGGGUAUCGGAAAGCCACAAUGCUUGUAGCCUGGAUGCAACUCUGCUCUGGUGUAUUUUGUCGUAAUGUACAGUACGGUGCACUGUCAAAGGGAACAUCCAGUCAGUAUUUGCCUGCAAAUUGCUACUGAAUUAAGGCACGGUAACAUACUGACGAUCAUUUAGGGUAUAGAUAUCGGCCCAAUGUACACUGUUGGCCAUCUUUUCCCCUCAGUAAUGUAGGAGCAUUUCAGUUAUAUUGGCUUUAUUAACGCAUGGGUUUUUUCUUUAACAGUGGACUGUACUGCAUACUUCAUCAUUGUUUCAUACUGGCCUAGCCUUGAUGUUAAAGCAUUACGUCAUCUUUUGACUGCAUUUCAUUAUGUGAAGUUGUGGCCAACUUAUAUAAUGGCUUAAGUGUGAUAGUCAUGUACAAUUUUAAAAUUUAUGUUAAGUAGGAAUAAAAUCCUAAAUGUUGAUAAUUGAGCUUGCCUGUUAGUACAGCAGUAUAUGAAAUUGUUGCAUUGGGACUCACGGACAGACAUAAAAAUGGUAACAUGGGAAUGCUCAUGUGUUGCUUUUUUAUAUAAUGCGCUCUUGUAGAUUGACGACGCACAUAUGGAAAAACGAUGCUUUAUGUCCUAUGUUUCGGCUGAGGCCCAGCCUUCAUCAGGGAACACAUGAAACGGUAAAGCUUCUGUGCGUGUGUGUAUAUAUGUAAUAUAUAUAGUUUGUUGUUGAUGUGACCUUGCACUAUGAUUUAACAAUUUCCUGUCCCCUGGAAAAACAGUAGUUCUAGGGUAGUGGAGUAAAUAUUUGUUUCUCUCUCGCAGAGCAUGGUCGAUACUUAAGCCUAUAGAGUAGCAGAUUGUAAAGGAAGAAAUUCUCUUUCCAUGGUACUAGUCCCAAACAAUGUUUAUUGGAAAGAAUACGAAAAUAUACACAAACAAAAAUUUUGUAAAACAAAAUGAACCAUAUAAAAAUGCUAAUGUUGCUUCACACAGAGAGAACACCAAGAAAUUUUUUAGUCUACAUUUUCAACACAAAGGAUCUGUGCCAUAUUCCAGCAAAUAUCAGCUUUCAAUGUAAAGUAUUCUCAUAUCUAAGAUACGUAAAAAACGUUAGCCCUAUAUGUGAGGUCGACUCCUGGCCGUUUUUUGUUGCGAAACAACUCGUUGUGUGGGCCCUGACAAGUGAACUUGACCGAAGGAUUUUAACACCCGGCAGAUAAAAACUGUGACUGUUAGAACAUGCAGGAUGGAACAUGCAGCUGUGGAAGAACGCGCUGUGGAAAGAACCGCUGUGGAAGUGACGAGCGCGUGUCUGCGCGAGACGAGCACGUAUGACUGCACUGCACACCGCAUCUGGGGUAUGAGCCACUUAAAGGGACUCUAAAGGCAAAUAAGUCGACGUGGACUGUUUAAAUACCAUUCCAGAAACCUCGCAACGCUUGUUUCGUGCCAAGAAAUGACCUAGUUUGCAAGAAAAUUGCUCCGGAAGGGUCCGAGUACCUUUUUUCGAAAUUCACAUCUCCCGCCGCCCAACAAAGGGAGUGGUGACGUUGCAAUUCGCCAUCACGACCCCAUGACCACCCUUUGCUGCCGUCGGUGAGUAAAACGUCGCCCGAUAGACGGCGGUACCGAGUCAAGACAAAGCGGUGGAUUAGCCGCUGCAGCUGCAUUUUGAUCAAGUGGCGUAGGCCGUUCGGGCAUGCCGCGGCAUCACGUGGACGUUGAAUUCUCGGCUACUCGCAGUUUGUGCGAGUUUCGCGAGCCAGUAAAACCAGCGCAGCACUACGCGAUAACGAAACAACUGAAGCGUGGGCGGCGCGGAGUCGAGCGAAAACGAAACCUUUCGACCUUCGCGUCGUUGUCAAGGGUAAUUUCAGUCAGUUCUUUUUUUCUAGAAAUCACAUAUAACUGGACAAGUAGCAUUUUAUUUCGUCUUAUACUACAAUGCAAAGAUGUUUUUUUGCAAUUAGUGGUUCAGUACUAGUGACAAAGGAGUGUUUUCAUCAUCGGGCAAGUACUUGAAUAUCCCAUGGGAGUCUCUAAUCAUGUCCUGCAUUUACCUCAAUUUCUCUAUUAUUAAGGCUCUAUUCGCGAUAAUAGUGACGCCUUAGAGAUUCUCGAGUACUACUCUAUCGCUUUAGCUUGACUUAAUAUUUACAUUCAGUGUCCCUUUAAGGCUUUUGCCAUAAAACAUGGUACCAAAAAUGGCCGAUGGCGCAAAAAGUAAAAAACACUCGGAAGAAAUGCUCGAAUUGACGUAAAAUUUUUCAGUAUCUUCCCUACACUCUAAGAGAAGUUUACACCCUUUGAGUCGUAUCUUACCACACAACAAUAAACGCCAUCUGUCUUGUC